UCACUUCCGGUGUUCGAAGUUCAACGUGCUAAGAAACAUGCGGGCUACAGAAUCACUAGUUGUGUGUAUCAUGUGGUCAGUCUUGAUAUGAAAAUACUGCGUUUGUUAGUGCUGCGUGUUUAGUCGUCGCCGUCGUUUCCGUUUGUCGAACAUGUCUGUGAACGCAUCAAAGCACGAGCUGCUCCAUCUGAUCUACCACCAUUUGAAGGAGCAUGGUUUCCACUCAGCUGCAGAUGAGCUACAGAGGCACAGCCCACAGGAUGAGACAAAGAUAUCAGCAUCGUUACUGGACAUAUACAGUUCGUGGUCGAAAAGUGCCAAAAAGAAAUUACAGCUGGACUCAACCAAACACUCCAACUCAAAAGGAGGAAGAGCAACUAAAGCCAAGCAGACCACACCAAAGAAGAAGAAGAACGAUAAACCUGCAAAAAAGUCUGUUCCGGCAAAAACGAAAAAGAGUGAAGGAAAGUCUGCAAUCAAGCCGAAAAAGCCCAGGACCAAAACAGCAGACAAGGGUGUGGCCGCCGGUGGAGAUGAUUCAGACUCUGACAGCAGUCUGGAUGUGGAGAAGUGGAAGAAGCUGGUCCUGCAGAUGACAGAGGCGGACAUAGCCAAGAUGGACACCAUCAACGCUCUGGACGCCUCUAUGCCCCAACCCAAGAAGAGAGUCAGAAAACCCCGGGCCAAGACUCCUGCGAAGACUCCUGCAAAGACGGAAAAAGAGGAGCUUCAAGAGAAUAACGGGACGGUUGAAAAGAAUGAAAAAGAAGAGGGGAAAGCUGUGACAAAGACGCCAACAAAGAAUAGUACGCCCAGGAAGAGCAGGUCAAAAAAUACGCCACCUGUGACCCCCCCUGGCACCGUGAGCCAAGAGCAACCCCCCACUCAGUCCCCUUCAAAACAGAAACAGGCGGAGAAAAGAGGAAUUAAAACAACAGACAUGGCGACGCCUGAGCCUGCGAAAAAAAAAAAGAAGAAGAAGGAGAAGCUGGCGAGUGAGGAUAACGUGGAGGGGAAUGCGCACGAGCCAGGUGAGAAAGGAAAAGAAGAAGACAUCAAAGAGAAGAAGACUAGAGUCUCAGGGCAAGAGGGCACCGAUACAGGCAUGGAGGAAAAGAAAGAGACAGAAGGAGACGGUGAAAGAAAUGAAAUGAAAUCAGAGCUACUAGCGCAUGAAAAGAAAGCCAAGAAGAAGAGGAAAAAGGACAAAAAUGAGAGUGAGGAAAAUGUACCGCCCACACCCGAAGAAAAAAAAGUAAAGAAGAAAAAGACAAGCCAUAGUCAAGAGAUUUCAGAGCUAUCUGAAGAGGCAAAAGAAAACACAGAUCAGAUAGUACAGAAUGAAACGACAGCCGGCAGUGUGGAAAAUUCAGAGGAAAACGUUGUGCAGAAGAAAGUGAAGAAGAAGAAAAAGACGGCUGACUGUGAGAGAAAUUUGGAGCAGGUAUUCGAAGAGGCAAAAGAAAAUACGGAGCAAACUGUUGUUGAAGACUGUGAAAAUUCAGAGCCGAUAUCUGAAGAAAAGGAAACGAAGAAGAAGAAGAAGAGGAAAAAAGAGACUCUUAAUGGUGAGGAAAUUCAGGAGCAAAUAGUUAAAGCAAAGAAAGCAAAGAAGAAGAAAAGGGAGGACCCUGGUGAAGAAAAUACAGAGCAGAUAGAGGAAGAGGAGAAGCCAGACCAGGUUACUGAAGAAACAAGGAAAAAGAAAACGAAUUCUGUUGAUACGGAGCCACAGCCUCCACCCGACCUGGAGGAAACAAGUCCUCCAACAGAGAAGAAGAAGAAGAAAAGCAAAUUAAAAACAGUUGAAGAUCCUGCUGCUUCUGUCCCUGAUGGCCCAGCACCAGAAACUCCCCACACAGACUCAAGUGACACCCACAAAAAGAAAAAGAAAUCGUCAAAGAGCAAAGAGUCAUGAACAUGUUCGACUUGUCGUCCCUGCACAACCAGAGGAUGAAGACAACAAAUUUCAUCUCUGUCCUUUUUCUAAUCAUCAACAUGGUUAGAAGGUUUACUUAAAACUGUAAAGAGAAACAGAGUUUUCUAUUUUGGUACAUAUUUUAUCUUUUUCAUUAGUUUAAUGUACACAGUUGUCUUUUCUACUGAGUGAUGUCUACGACAUUUGCCAUUUUAAUGGUAUGUUUCUGUAAAAACAUAACUUGUUGUUUCAGGUAGUGUAUGAUAUUUGAAAACCUGCCAGUGACUGAAUGGAGUCUCUUUAAGCACAGUCUUAGGUAUUUCCGCUGUUUUUAAAUCUAAACCUACAACAACAAAACAAGAAAUAAACUUAUUUUUGACCAGCGUUAAUAUUUAUUCAGUGUAAUAUGUUAUGGAGUUGGGAGUAGGGUCCUAUGUGUGGGAGAAGUAUGAUUUUUACAAAAGUUUUAAAUGUUUGGUAAAACUAUACGCAUUGUACAUGAUUGUUUCAACUAAAAUUAAACAAUAGUUUGACUAAU